AUGCAAAGAAAAUCCUUGUACCUUCUGAUUGUGGGGGUCCUUAUAGCAUAUUAUGUUUAUAUACCACUCCCGGAUAAUUUUGAAGAGCCAUGGAGAAUAAUGUGGUUGAAUACACAUGUGAAAACUCUUUUAAAUUUGGCUACAUUUGUUGAGCUUCUGGGGAUUAAACACUGCAUGGAAACCUUAAUAAUCGCUAUGAGCUUUAGUGAAGUCCCAGUAAUCUCAGAUGAAAAUGUGACUGUGACCGAGACAACAUUUAAUAACAUUCCUGUGCGUGUGUAUGUGCCAAAGAGAAAAUCAGAAGAAUUAAGAAGGGGACUGUUUUACAUUCACGGUGGUGGCUGGUGUUUGGGAAGUGCUGCUUUUCAUAAUUGUGACAUGCUGUCGAGAUGGACAGCAGACAGACUUGAUGCUGUUGUCAUAUCAACCAACUACAGAUUAGCACCAAAGUACCAUUUCCCAAUUCAAUUUGAAGAUGCAUAUAAUGCCUUAAGGUGGUUCUUACGCAAAAAAGUACUUGCAGAAUAUGGUGUGAAUCCUGAGAGAAUUGGAAUUUCAGGAGGUAGUGCAGGGGGGAAUUUAGCAGCAGCCUUAGCUCAACAGCUCUUGGAUGACCCAGAUGUCAAGACCAAACUCAAGAUCCAGUCUUUAAUUUAUCCUGCCCUUCAGCCUCUUGAUUUAGAUACACCAUCAUAUCAAGAAAACUCACAUUUUCCAUUUCUGUCCAAAUCAUUUAUGGUCAGGUUCUGGAGUGAAUAUUUUACUACAGAUAGAUCACUUGAAAAAGCCAUGCUUUCAAACCAACACAUUCCUGAGGAAUCAAGUCAUCUAUUCAAGUUUGUUAAUUGGAGUUCCUUGCUCCCUGAGAGGUUUAAAAAAGGAUAUGUUUACAAAAAUCCAACUUACGGUAGUUCUGAGCUAUCAAACAAAUACCCUGGGUUUCUAGAUGUGAGAGCAGCACCUCUGUUGGCUGAUGACAACAAAUUGCGUCACCUGCCCUUGACCUACCUCAUCACCUGUCAGUAUGACGUUUUAAGAGAUGACGGACUAAUGUAUGUCACUAGACUUCGCAAUGCUGGAGUUCAGGUAACUCAUUACCAUGUUGAGGAAGGAUUCCAUGGAGCAUUUUCACAACUGGAAUCAAAAAUUAGCUAUAGGAUGAUAAAUCAAUACAUUAGUUGGCUGAGGGAAAAUCUAUAG